AUCCUCGGCUUUAACCCACGACAAUGAGCAGCUUCCCCGCUUUUCGUCUCUGUGGGAGACUCCUCCAGCCAGCACCUGUCUUUUCAACAUCCAGGAUAUCUCCAUUGACCCUUCGUCCGAGGCCAUUGAACCAGGAGCGCAUGGCGUCUAACAAGGUCGAGCCGCACUUCGCCAAAGGAGAAGAUGCGGCGCAGCUAGGCCCGGACAUGCAGACCCUCCUGCAACAACAGGGCUGGGCCCUCGACGCCGAUGGAAUGGGUGUUACGAAGACGUUUUAUUUUAAGAGUUACUUUAAAGCAGUGUCAUUCGUCAAUCUCAUCGCCUCCGAAAGCUCAGUGAAGAAACACCACGCCACCAUGACCGUGCGAUUCGGCUCCGUCGAUGUCCACUGGACGACACAUCACCCACGCGGCCUUACCCAGAAGGAUAUCACGAUGGCUCGGCAUUGUGAUAAUGGCGCCGGUUUGAUGGGCGCCGUUGAGGCUGGACAGGGUUUGAAAUGCGGGCCGGGGCCUUAGUCGGUUUCAAUUAGACUAUGUAUUAUCGAGAAUUGAAUUCAGUCCCUAACUCCCCGUUGAUGUGAG